UAAACCAUGCACAUCUAAUAGACCUUAUCGCGAAAACUUAUAUAACCGCAUCUCGGUCUCUUCUUUCUCUCCCGCGACGUUUUCUCCCCGAGAGAGUGGAGGAUAAAACAACCAGAGUUAAACAGCAGCGACGCCCAACAUGCCGGCCGUUGUACCUUUCACCCUCGACGUCGCGACAUGCUUGUGCAUUGCAUUCGCCCUUUCCUUCAUGCCAACCGCCUACCUCCUAGGUCGGUCGUUAAUCCCCUCCACGCACGUGCGAAAUCGAAUCCUCUUCUUCUGGCACGCCUAUGACGCCCUCACCCACUUCUUCAUCGAAGGCUCUUUCCUCUACGAGUGUUUCUUCAGCUUCACAAACCUCCCUGCCGGGUUCAACCGUCCUCCUUACUUCUUAAACCAGAAGGACCGCGUAUACGGAGCCGCAUACGGUACUCGCCCCAGCUCGCGACUGUGGCAGGAAUAUGCAAAGGCCGAUUUCCGCUGGUCCGCCGCCGACCCCAACGUGAUUUCUCUCGAAUUGUUGACCGUGUUCCUCGGAGGCCCCGCGGCGCUGUAUACUUGUUAUCUUCUAUGGAAGGCCUCUAGCAGUCGCACCAGUGCAGCGGCUAAGGGUGCUGCGAAGGCUAAGCUGUGGUUGGUGGCGCCCGCCCUGGCGACCGCCGAGCUGUACGGCGGGUUCAUGACGUUUGCGCCUGAAUGGCUUACCGGUAGCUCUCAACUGGAGACGAGCAACCCGGUGUACCUGUGGUUCUAUCUGUUCUUUUUCAAUACCUUAUGGGUUUGGGUACCUCUGUGGGUGUUGUGGGAGGCUUCCAAGGAGCUCCGUACUGCCUUUACCAAGGCUGAAGGAGCAUCUGAAAUACAAAAGAACAAAUAAUGGACGACGUAUCAGUAGUCUGAUAGUUCAGUUCAGCAAGCUGCUGUAAGACUGAAGGAGUAGCGUCGCAGAGCUAGCAACUGUCAAUUAGCGCUCAUGGUUUCUACCUUUUUUGAUCUAUAGCUAUAACGACAUCCCAACAUACAAAAACUUGCUUUGAUAUAUCUAAGAUUA